GUGUUCUCCCUUGUCCCACCAUAAAUCCCCCAGAAACCCCUUCCUCUCUAGUUCACCCACCUCCUUCUAAUCUGUUCUUUCCCCCACUCUCCCAUCAAACUGCCGCAGAUAGUGCAAAGAAAAGAAGGAAAAGAAUGACUCUCGGAAAAUCAAGUAAGCUUUCUCAAACGGCGGUGAUCAAGCAGAUCGUGACGAGGUGUUCGAGCUUUGGCAAGAACAAGCACUCGUGCGAUCAAGAAGGCCUUCCUCUGGACGUGCCCAAAGGCCACUUUGUUGUGUACGUCGGCGAGUACAGAAGCCGGCACGUCGUCCCCAUUGAUUUCUUGACCAGACCCGACUUCCAGAGCCUGCUCCGGCAAGCCGAGGAACAAUUCGGUUUCCACCAUGAGACUGGCCUGACGAUACCUUGCGGAGAAGAAGAGUUCGUGUCUCUUUGCUUCGGCCACAAAGGAGAGCUUCAGUCCCCGAAACCCAGUCCCAAAUAGGGAAAAGGUGGGCAAGGGUUUUGGCGUUCUGGGUUCAUGUUUUUCCCAAUUUCUAAGGGGUUGGUCGUCCUUUAGUUUCUCCUAGGAAGAAACAGUGGAUUAUUAAAUAGGAAUGUAACCUGAAAACCCGUGAUUGGGGUUCGGUUGGGCAGAUAUGUGAAUCAACUGUCUGGUUUGUAGAAAUUUCCUCACGUUGGUGUGUAGUGGAAGGUGUGCCAUUGUACAUUACCUACCCUGUGAGAAAAUUUAUUGAUUUUUGGGAAUCUGUUUCCCUUAGUUUUAGUGUU